GUCAAAACAGCAUUAUCCAAUCACGUUUGAGGUCGGAAGCACGUGAGUAAACAGGAAGUACUUUUGCAUUUCGCGGGUUAUGUGGUAAAGCGUGCAUGGAAAUGGCGGAUAUGAAUGCAAUGGAGAAGAAACUGGCAGAAUACAAAUGCGACACCAAUGAAGCGAUUUGUUUAAAACUAGUACGCUUCCCAGAAGAUUUAGAUGAUGAAAGUACAACGUUCCACCCUGAGUACAGCCAUCAGCUGUAUGGUGAUGAUGAAGUGGCAUUUGGAUACAAAGGCCUUCAGAUUCAGCUUUACUACACUGCUGGCAACUUGAGCACGCUGUUCAAAGUGAAGUACACUUCCAAAGUCACUGAGACGUUUGACUGUGUGCAGCCCGAUGAUGUGGAAGGGAAGAUCAGAGAGAUUAUUCCUCCAGGCUUUAGUUCCAACACAGAUGACUUUAUCUCUCUCUUGGAAAAGGAGGCUAACUUCAAACCAUUUGGCAGCCUCUUGCACACCUAUAAAGUUCACAAUGUGGAAGAGGGAGCAGAUCUCACUUACGUGAUACACAAGGCAGAUAUCUCAUGUCCAGGGUUCAGAGAAUACCACGAGCGCCUUCAGACAUUCCUUAUGUGGUUCAUUGAGACAGCCAGCUUUAUUGAUGUAGACGAUGAUCGCUGGGACUUCUUCCUUGUAUUUGAGAAAUACAAUAAGGACGGGGAGACUCUCUACGCUACGGUUGGCUACAUGACAGUGUAUAAUUACUACGUAUACCCAGACAAAACCAGACCACGUGUUAGUCAGAUGCUGAUCCUACCACAGUUUCAAGGCGAAGGUCAUGGAGCCCAGUUGUUAGAGAUGGUUCACCGGUUCUACUGCAACUUACCUAAAGUUCAGGAUAUCACGGCGGAAGACCCAUCUGACAAUUAUGUGAAGUUGAGGGACUUUGUGCUGGUGAAGCUGUGUAUGGAUUUGCCUUCUUUCUCCACUGAAAAACUGGCCCUUGGCUUCAGUGAAGAAAUGGCUACUGAAGCUCGUGAGAAACUCAAAAUCAACAAGAAGCAUGCCAGGAGGGUGUACGAGAUUCUCCGUCUCAGAAACACAGACAUGAGUGACAAGGAAAAGGCCAGAGAGUUUCGGCUAGAGGUGAAGAAAAGACUCUUUGGGCCUUACAGGAAGAACCAGCGUGAGCUGACAAAGAUGCGUAAGUGUUUGCGUCCAGAGGAACUGGCAUCCCACAUCAGUCAGAUGGACACAAGUCUACAGCAUGAAGAACUGGAGAAAAGCUACCAGGAUGUUCUGGCUGAGUAUCGCAGAGUGCUCGAAAGACUGGCCCAGGCAUGAAUACAUCCGGUGGGGGGUUGGGGGGUUGGGGGGUAGUAGGGGCUAGAUGAGUGCUCAGCUAUUACAUGGAUACACACAUUUGACAACAACAAGCCAACUCCUACCAUUUUGUUUUGAACACCAUACCUUUGUAAAUGGCGUAAAACGUCACUGAAAAAACUGGAUCUCAUUUGAAUCACAUUUGUUCACUUGUUACUAAUGUUUCAGAGAAGACCUCAUGUUUCAGUCUGCUUUUUUUUUAACGAUUUCCUUUUCUCCUUGUAUUUCAGUGUCAGGCUCAGAUGUCAGAUUAAAUAGGUUUUGAAGCACUUCCUAUAAAAGAAAUAAAUGUUUUGUAUAUUGA